CUGAGUGGAAAGAAAUUACAGACGAUGCUGACAGGUCAGUCACCUCGCUGCGUGUGCCCAGCCUUGUGAAAGUGGGGGACGAUGUGUUUGCCGUUGCUGAGGCCCACUGCAAGAAGAAACAACAGGGCGCCACUGACGGCGGCUUUACCGGGAUUGCGUCGUGGCUGCUCAGGCCAGGUGAGGGUGCUGCAAUGGAGCCCGCGGCGGCGGGGACAAGCUCCUUCCGCACCCAGCUGCUAAAAAAAGGCGAGGAGGAGGCAGAGGAUAUAAUGCGGCCAACAACAGUUGUGCAUGGCAACGAUGUCUACAUGCUGCUGGGAAACUACGGACGUGCGACGCCUACGAAUGAGGCUUCCGGCAAGGCUGGCUGGAAGCUUUUCCUGGUGAAGGGGACUGUCACCGGCGAGGUUGAUGGUGCAGGGAAAAAAAUCGAGUGGGGUAAGCCCCACUCAGUGGAGCCCGAAACCGUAAGAAGAGUUCAAUCCCUGACGCGGCUGGUUGGCGGCGGGGGCUCGGGUGUUGUGCUGGAGGACGGCACGCUUGCGUUCCCCAUGCAGGCCACGGACAAGGAUGGAAAGAGAGUUCUGCUGGCCAUGCGCUUCACUCCGUCAGAGAAUAAAUGGGAGCUUUCGGACGAUACGACCGGCGCGGGCUGCAGGGACCCGUCCAUCGUGGAGUGGGGGGACGACGGAAACCUCCUCGCGAUGGCUCAUUGUGCGGGCGGCUACUACGACGUGUACAUGUCCACUGGGAGGCAGUGGUAUCCUACAGGCGAGUCGAUUUCCCGCGUGUGGGGCAACUCACUGCGGCGCCAGGGAGGGCACGGCGUGCAGAGCGGCUUCACCACCGCAGAAUUCGGGGACAAGAAGGUGAUGCUCCUCACCACGCCGGUGUACUCGGCGGAAGGCGACGCCGCAAAGGCUCGGCUGCAUCUUUGGGCGACGGACAUGCAACGCGUAUAUGACGUUGGGCCGGUGUCCGACGCGGCCCACAACGCCGCCGCCAGCUCCCUGCUGUACAGAAGCGGUGCGCAGGAGGAGGAGUUAAUUGCACUGUACGAGAAGUCUGAAGCUGGAGAGUCGUACAGCCUUGUUUCUGUGCCCCUGACUGCGAAGCUGCAGGAGAUCAAGGAAGUGGUGAAAAAGUGGACCGCAUUGGACACGGCCUUGAAAGAGUGCACCUCCACUGGCAGUGAUGCCGUGCCUGCAUUAAAGGGCGUGUGCAAAAGCUCUGUUCCCACGGAAGGGCUGGUGGGCCUUUUGUCCAACACGUUGGAGAAGACUGCAUGGAAGGACGAGUACCGCUGCGUCGACGCCACAGUGACAGCUGGGGCAGUGGCGAGCACGGCGGGGAUUGCCAGCGGCGUGACGUUCAAAGGCGCCGGGGCGGGGGCGGAGUGGCCCGUGGGGAAACUGGGGCAGAACCAGCCGUACUACUUUGCGAACAACGAGUUCGCUCUCGUGGCGACAGUGAUCAUCCACGCGGUGCCGGAGGAGGACACUCCUCUGCUGGGCGCGAGGAUGAAUGACACAGAGAGCACCGUGCUCUUCGGCCUCUCGUACACAGCGGAGAGAAAGUGGAAGGCCAAACUUCAUGGUGCUGCAGCCCAAGAGUCUUCGGGUGCGUGGGAGCCCAACAAGACGUAUCAAGUGGUGCUGGAAAUGCGCGGGGAUGAGUGGUUUGUGCACGUGGAU